UGCAUCUGCUCAGUCUCACCUCACCUCCUCCUCCUCCAUCCCCUUCCUUUGUCGACAACGACUCCCUCAUCCUCAAUGACGACUCCGCGCCGCUCAACUCGCUCCCGCGGUCUCCCAACACCCGCGACCAACUACUCACCUGCCUCACCAGAGGUCAAGGAGGAACCCGGACUUGCCACUCCCGAAAGCAUGGACAUGGACGACUCGCCGAGUCGUACCCGCCGGCGCGCCACCUCGUCUGAGCGCCCCGCCAAGCGCCAGGCUCUCGAGGCCGUAGUGGUCCCCUCACGCCGCUCUAAGCUCAGCAUGGAGCAGACGACCAGUUCCGAUAAUCUCACGCUUUCGCGCUCGGCCCGGAUCAAGGCCAAUAAGGAAGUGAAAGACGAGAUCGAUGAACAGGUCAAGGAAGAGGUUGAUGGCGACACAACCGAAUCGGAGCCUGACCGCCCAACACAGAACGACUCGAGUGAGGAGGAGAAGCCCCUUGCCGCCGGCCGCAGGUCUAGGGCGAGGAAAGGGCGUCCCACACGCACAGCCAUUUCCGUCACUUCUGGCUCUGACGAUGAUGACGACGAUGAUGAUGACGAUUUCGCUUUCAACUCGGACGAGGAGGCCGAGCAACUCCAGCGCGCUAUCGCUGCAUCGAAUGGUGCCCCUUCGACGAGAGCAUCCCGGUCGCGUUCUCGCAGUAGCUCAACCUCAACAGCCAAAACCACGCCCAGGAGCGCAGGGAAGAGCUUAACUCCUCACCGCACGGCUAUUGCCCGUGCCGCGCAACUUCGGAUGCGGGCGACGCGUGGGCAGUCGUCAACCUCCGGGUCCACCCUUCCCACGCCUCUUGACAGUUCCGCGUCACCAGACCUUGUCCCCGAAGACGUCGAGGACUCCGCCUUCUCAGACUCCCCUCUUUCAACAUUCUCCGACGAAGAGUCUGACGAGGCUGAGGAGUCUGAUGAGGUGUCUGAUGAGGAUACCAAGAAGCCCGCGAAGAAGAAGUUGAAGGCAGCCAAGGGCCGUCGCCUCAAUGGCAGUGCGGCCGAUCAACUGCCUCCUACCUGGAAGCAUAGAUCGCAGGCUGACCGGGACGCGGAGCUGGAGCGCAUCAAGGAGGAGAAACUCACUAUCAGGCGGCUGGAGGCCAAACUGAAGAAGAAGAUGGGACGCAAACUCACCCAGGGCGAGCGCAACCAAAUUCGUCUGGGCUUGCACCACCCCGAACUAGUUGACUGCUGGGGCGACCUUGAGACCAACAUCGAGCCAGUGAAGCCCGUCCCAAUGGAGGCCCAUCCUUCACUCAAGCUCACGCUCCUCCCGUUCCAGAAGGAGAGCCUGUACUGGAUGAAGAAGCAGGAGGAAGGAGUGUGGCGCGGAGGCAUGCUUGCAGACGAGAUGGGCAUGGGAAAGACUAUUCAAACUAUCGCCCUUCUGCUCUCCGAGCCGCGUCGCAAGCCCUCCCUUGUUGUCGCGCCCGUUGUUGCCCUUAUGCAGUGGAAGAACGAGAUCGAGACGCACGCCGAGGGGUUCAAGGUCUGCCUUUGGCACGGUGCAGGUCGCAUGAAGGCUGAGGACCUCAAGAAGUUUGACGUCGUACUUGUGUCGUACGGUACGCUUGAGGCAUCUUUUCGCCGUCAGCAGCGCGGAUUCAAGCGCGGUAACUUGAUUCUCAAGGAGCAGUCACCAAUGCACUCGUUCGAGUGGUUCCGCGUUGUGCUUGACGAGGCCCACAACAUCAAGGAACGCACCACGAACGCUGCCAAAGCUGCUUUUGCCCUCCAGGCCAAGUAUCGUUGGUGCCUGUCUGGUACACCCCUUCAAAACCGUGUGGGCGAGUUGUAUUCCCUCGUCCGCUUCCUGGGCGCCGAUCCAUUCAGUUUCUACUUCUGCAAGAAGUGCGACUGCAAGUCGCUGCAUUGGGCGUUCAAGGAUCGCCGCCAUUGCGAUGACUGCGGUCAUAAACCUAUGGAUCACGUCUCCCUGUGGAACUCGGAGAUUCUUACUCCUAUCGCUCGCUAUGGAAUUGAAGUUGGCGGGCCGGGCAUGACGGCUUUCAAGAAGCUCAAGGUCUUGCUUGACCGUAUGAUGCUCCGUCGCACCAAGUUGGAGCGUGCUGAUGAUCUGGGCCUCCCGCCUCGUACAAUCGUCGUCCGCCGCGACUACUUCUCUCCUCAGGAGAAGGAAUUGUACAUGAGCCUCUUCACCAACGCCAAGCGUCAGUUCAACACCUAUGUAACGGCCGGUACCGUGUUGAACAACUAUUCCAAUAUUUUCUCUCUCAUUACUCGAAUGCGCCAGAUGGCUUGCCACCCCGAUCUCGUCCUCCGCUCCAAGACCAGCUCGCUUGCGCAAUCUUCGGAGGAGGGGACGGUGUGUCGUCUUUGCAACGACACGGCCGAGGACGCGAUCGUCUCCGCCUGUCACCACGUGUUCGACCGCGAGUGCAUCCGCCAGUAUCUAGAGGUGCAACAGCUGCGAGGGCACAGCCCCGAGUGCCCCGUGUGCCAUAUCGAGAUCUCCAUCGAUCUUGAGCAAGAGGCGAUCGAGAUUGACGAUUCGUCAAAGAAGGCCAGGCAGGGUAUCCUUUCGCGUCUUGACAUUGCCAAUUGGCGCUCGUCGUCCAAGCUGGAGGCACUCGUAGAGGAGCUCGAGAAACUGCGCGACAAGGAUUGUACUGUCAAGUCGCUGGUCUUUUCCCAGUUCGUCUCCUUCCUGGACCUCAUCGCCUUCCGUCUCCAGCGUGCGGGAUUCAACAUCUGUCGUCUCGAAGGUGGUAUGACACCCCAGCAGCGCGACGCGACUAUUCAGCACUUCAUGAAGAACACAAACGUCACCGUCUUCCUCAUCUCGCUCAAAGCUGGAGGUGUCGCUCUCAACCUCACGGAGGCGAGCAUGGUCUUUAUGAUGGACUCGUGGUGGAACCCAUCGGUUGAGUAUCAGGCCAUGGACCGUAUCCACCGUCUCGGGCAGAAGCGCCCGGUCAAGGUCAUCAAGCUGGUCGUGGAGGACUCGAUCGAGGACCAGAUCGUCCAGUUGCAGGCCAAAAAGCUUGCGAUGACGGACGCGGCGCUGAGCCGCGACCCUGACGCCGCUCUUGGCAAGCUAACUGUUGACGAUCUCGGAUUCCUGUUCAAGCUUUGAGCGGAUGCCUUACUUCAUAUCAGUGGGCCUCGGCGUUGUACCAGCGGAAUCAUCGGCAUUGCUAGCUUGAUAGUGCUCAUGUUUGUGAAAUAGCAUUAGACUGUUGUAGAGGGCAUGGAUGGCUAUGCCAGGGUUACUUUGUGG